AUGCGGCAUGAGUUUCACAGUGGAGCCUCGGACACAAGGGAGCACUGCGAUGCCACACUAUUGCGGAUGUCAGUGGAACAUGUGGAGAAGACAGUGGAACAUGUGGAGAAGACAGUGGAACAUGUGGAGAAGACAGUGGAACAUGUGGAGAAGUCAGUGGAACAUGUGGAGAAGACAGUGGAACAUGUGGAGAAGACAGUGGAACAUGUGGAGAAGACAGUGGAACAUGUGGAGAAGACAGUGGAACAUGUGGAGAAGUCAGUGGAACAUGUGGAGAAAACAGUGGAACAUGUGGAGAAGACAGUGGAACAUGUGGAGAAAACAGUGGAACAUGUGGAGAAGUCAGUGGAACAUGUGGAGAAGACAGUGGAACAUGUGGAGAAGACAGUAGAACAUGUGGAGAAGACAGUGGAACAUGUGGAGAAGACAGUGGAACAUGUGGAGAAGACAGUGGAACAUGUGGAGAAAACAGUGGAACAUGUGGAGAAGUCAGUGGAACAUGUGGAGAAGACAGUGGAACAUGUGGAGAAGACAGUGGAACAUGUGGAGAAGACAGUGGAACAUGUGGAGAAGACAGUGGAACAUGUGGAGAAAACAGUGGAACAUGUGGACAAGACAGUGGAACAUGUGGAGAAGACAGUGGAACAUGUGGAGAAGACAGUGGAACAUGUGGAGAAAACAGUGGAACAUGUGGACAAGACAGUGGAACAUGUGGACAAGACAGUGGAACAUUCGGACAAGACAGUGGAACAUGUGGAGAAGACAGUGGAACAUGUGGAGAAAACAGUGGAACAUGUGGAGAAGUCAGUGGAACAUGUGGAGAAGACAGUGGAACAUGUGGAGAAGACAGUAGAACAUGUGGAGAAAACAGUGGAACAUGUGGACAAGACAGUGGAACAUGUGGACAAGACAGUGGAACAUGUGGAGAAGACAGUGGAACAUGUGGAGAAGACAGUAGAACAUGUGGAGAAAACAGUGGAACAUGUGGACAAGACAGUGGAACAUGUGGACAAGACAGUGGAACAUGUGGAGAAGACAGUGGAACAUGUGGAGAAGACAGUGGAACAUGUGGAGAAGCCAGUAGAACAUGUGGAGAAAACAGUGGAACAUGUGGACAAGACAGUGGAACAUUCGGACAAGACAGUGGAACAUGUGGACAAGACAGUGGAACAUUUGGAGAAGACAGUGGAACAUGUGGAACAUGUGGAGAAGACAGUGGAACAUGUGGAACAUGUGGAGAAGCCAGUGGAACAUGUGGAGAAGACAGUGGAACAUGUGGAACAUGUGGAACAUGUGGAGAAGCAAGUGGAUCAUGUGAAGACAGUUGAACAUGUGGAACAUGUGGAGAAGCCAGUGGAACAUGUGGAGAAGACAGUGGAACAUGUGGAACAUGUGGAACAUGUGGAGAAGCAAGUGGAUCAUGUGGAGAAGACAGUUGAACAUGUGGAGAAGACAGUUGAACAUGUGGAGAAGACAGUGGAACAUGUGGAGAAGAUAGUAGAACAUGUGGACAAGACAGUAGGACAUGUGGAGAAGACAGUGGAACAUGUGGAGAAGACAGUAGAACAUGUGGAGAAGACAGUGGAACAUCGGUAG